GUUCUCCCAGUGACGACGCGGGACAACAGUUUCAGUUUUCCUUGUCCAGUUGUCAUGUCCUCUUUCGGUGCGGCCAAGGUGGCUCUAGCGCGCCUGACAAGAUUAAAUACAUGCGUGCUUAAACAAAUUGGAUGCAGACUUCUAUCGACGUCCCACGUCCAAAAGGCUGGAUCCCCUGAAUUCUCCAGUAUUUUGGAGGAACGAAUUUUAGGGCAAACUCUGCAAACAAACUUAGAGGAAACUGGGCGCGUUUUAAGUAUUGGUGAUGGUAUUGCUCGCGUCUAUGGCCUGAAAAACAUACAAGCGGAAGAGAUGGUGGAGUUCUCGUCCGGUCUCAAGGGUAUGGCUCUUAAUUUAGAACCCGACAACGUCGGUGUGGUCGUCUUUGGUAAUGAUAAACUUAUUCGUGAAGGCGAUAUCGUCAAAAGGGCAGGAGCGAUUGUUGACGUACCUGUUGGUGAAGAAUUACUUGGUCGGGUAGUUGAUGCUCUAGGUACACCAAUUGAUGGGGCCGGCGCAAUCAACACUAAGACAAGACAGCGUGUUGGGGUUAAAGCCCCUGGUAUCAUACCCCGCAUUUCUGUCCGCGAGCCAAUGCAAACAGGAAUUAAAGCUGUCGACAGCCUUGUUCCCAUUGGUCGAGGUCAACGUGAACUUAUCAUCGGAGAUCGUCAGACGGGUAAAACAGCUAUUGCUGUAGACACCAUUAUUAAUCAAAAGCGUUUCAACGAAGCAGCGGAUGAAAAGAAAAAACUAUAUUGUAUUUACGUUGCCAUCGGACAAAAACGUUCAACAGUUGCACAGUUGGUCAAACGACUUACUGACUCAGAUGCCAUGAAGUAUACAAUUAUUGUAUCCGCAACAGCUUCUGAUGCAGCUCCUCUUCAGUAUCUAGCUCCGUAUGCGGGAUGUGCAAUGGGUGAGUAUUUCCGUGAUAAUGGGAAACAUGCAUUGAUCAUAUAUGAUGAUCUGUCAAAGCAAGCAGUUGCUUAUCGACAAAUGUCAUUGUUAUUACGAAGACCUCCAGGAAGAGAAGCCUAUCCUGGUGAUGUGUUCUACUUGCAUUCACGAUUGCUUGAAAGAGCUGCUAAAAUGAAUGAUUCAUAUGGAGGAGGUUCACUAACAGCUCUUCCUGUCAUUGAAACUCAGGCUGGUGAUGUAUCUGCAUAUAUUCCAACCAAUGUCAUAUCUAUUACCGAUGGACAAAUAUUUUUGGAAACUGAAUUAUUCCACAAAAGUAUUCGACCCGCUAUAAAUGUUGGUCUUUCUGUCAGCCGCGUUGGUUCUGCAGCUCAAACUAAGGCAAUGAAGCAAGUUGCUGGUCGCAUGAAAUUAGAACUUGCUCAGUAUCGAGAAGUAGCCGCUUUCGCUCAGUUCGGUUCUGAUUUAGAUGCAUCAACUCAAUCCUUGUUAAAUCGAGGUGUACGAUUGACGGAACUCUUGAAACAAAAUCAGUAUGCUCCAAUGGCAAUUGAACAACAAGUAGUCGUAAUAUAUGCUGGUGUUCGAGGACAUUUAGACAAACUGGAUCCAUCUAAAAUCGUUCUUUUCGAACAAGACUUCCUCAAAUAUGUAUUGGCAAACCAUCAGGAUCUGUUGAAAACUAUUCGUGAAGAUGGAGAACUCAAGCCACAAACUGAUGAAAAAUUAAAGAAGAUUGUUGUCGAUUUCAUAGCUGGAUAUCAAGUGUCUGCAUAGGCAAUCAGAUAGUAGUACUUUUUCAUCAUAUUACUUACACUUCCGUCAGCAGUUUUAUGUACUUAGUAUUAUGAACAAUAAAAAUCUUUCAAAACCAAUGUUUCGUGUAAUUAGAUUAGUUUCCUUACUUACAAAGAAAACAUUGAGUCAGACAAAUCAGGUUCUCCGGGAAAUUUAUUUCUAUCUGGGGUUCUCAUUUCCAAACAAUGGGAACUACCAGAUACUAAGAAAAUCCACAAAACUGGAAAUGUUCCUUGUUCUUAUUAGAGAUUAGGAUUUGAAUAUGUUAUGGGAGUCAUUAUUCACCGAUUUAAUACUUCGUAAACAACAG